AGUCGGCAGGCAGCGGCGCCGGACGACGCGGAUCUCUGGCGGCGCGCGCCGCUCUCGGACGCCGCGGGCACCAUGGGCUGCUGCACCGGGCGCUGCUCGCUCAUCUGCCUCUGCGCGCUGCAGCUGCUCUCAGCAUUAGAGAGGCAGAUCUUUGACUUCCUUGGCUUCCAGUGGGCGCCCAUUCUUGGGAAUUUUCUACAUAUCAUAGUCGUCAUAUUGGGUUUGUUUGGAACCAUUCAGUACAGACCUCGAUAUAUCGUGGUGUAUACAGUAUGGACUGCCCUCUGGGUCACCUGGAAUGUGUUCAUUAUCUGCUUCUAUUUGGAAGUAGGUGGGCUCUCUAAGGAUACAGACCUAAUGACAUUCAACAUCUCUGUCCACCGGUCGUGGUGGCGGGAACACGGGCCUGGCUGUGUCCGAAGAGUGCUGCCCCCGUCAGCACACGGCAUGAUGGACGAUUACACGUAUGUCUCCGUCACCGGCUGCAUCGUUGACUUCCAGUACCUGGAGGUCAUCCACAGUGCCGUCCAAAUACUGCUCUCUUUGGUUGGUUUUGUGUAUGCCUGUUAUGUGAUCAGUAUUUUCAUGGAAGAAGAGGACACCUGUCGAAAUAAGUAAUGACACUGACUCUGAAAUGCGGUUACUGAACCUGACUUAGGAAGCAAAGCACCAUUGACAG